AUGACAAACAGCCCAGUGACAGCAUUGGCUUGGGGCAUGUGCAAAGAGUUGCACACAAUGCAUCAUAUGCUACUGGCUGUGGGCGGCUUGGAUCAGCGGAUUCGAACUUAUUUGAUUCACGCAGGUGGACGAACUACUCUGUUUGAACAACUCGAAGGACCCGGUGGUCCUGUCGUUGAUCUUCAGAUUCGUGUGAGUUAUUUCCCGGUUUGA